AUGACGAACACUUCAACCUGGCCGCAUGCUGGCGAUUCAGGCGAUGCAGAUCAGCGUCAUCCUCAGAUCACGGCCUUCACUGCGGUUCCCGUCCGUCAGUCAUUCGCUGCUCGCGCACCUGUUAACCCCCCCCAUCCAACUAAUAAUCAAUCUGCGAGCAUGGUUUCCACGGCUGAGCCCAAGAAAAAGAUUGACUGGCCGGAGUCAGUCCGCUCUUAUGUCCAGCGCUCCUUCCUUCCGGCCAACAUGAUCCCUGAAGUCAAGCGCGAUGAAAUGGAGGCCAAGCUCAAGGAGGCAAUCUCAAAGGCCAACGACACCGGUGUCAUGUACACCAUUAACUGGGAGACCAUGGAACUCCCGCAACAAAUGAUCCAGAACGAGCGCAAGCAGGCACUCGCUCUACAGCAGAUUGUCGGCCAGUACCCACUGGCAUCACAGCAGUUUGCCCAGUCUUUUGAUCCCCCAGCCAUUCCAGCCUGGCAGCCGUCUAUUCCGGUGACUAAGAGUUCCCGGAAGCGGAAAUCGUCCGACUUGGACGAGAAGAAGCUGCCUGACCCGAUACCUCCUUGGCGCUCAGGACAGGCCGGCCAGCCCCUGGCCAACCGCACAACCUUCGCUGAUCAAGAGGCCGCACCAAAGCAUUCGGCAAAGCCGCAGAAGGAGAAGCGGCAAAAGUAUGACGGGGGGUACAAGUCGACGUACCGUAUUCCAAGCCCGCCCCCUAACGAUGGACCCGUCAAAGGCACUUGUGAGAAUCUUGAGAAGCGUUACCUACGCUUGACGGCCCCCCCCAAACCGGAACUGGUCCGCCCGGAGCGCGUCCUUCGCCAGACACUGGAGCUUCUGAAGCGGAAAUGGAAGCAAGACCAGAACUACUCGUAUAUUUGCGACCAGUUCAAGUCGAUGCGUCAAGAUCUAACUGUGCAAGCCAUUAAGAACGACUUCGCCGUUGAGGUGUACGAGAUACACGCUCGCAUCGCAUUGGAGAAGGGGGACCUCGGUGAGUAUAACCAGUGUCAGACCCAGUUGAAGGCACUCUACCAGUUGGGAUUGAAGGGGAAGAAGAUAGAGUUCAAGGCCUAUCGGAUUCUGUACUUCAUUCAUACUGCCAACCGCAGCGCGCUGAACGACGCGCUGGCGGAUCUAACCCCUACAGAGAAAAAGGAGAGAGCGAUCAAGCACGCGUUGGACGUGCGCUCGGCCCUUGCCCUUGGAAAUUACCAUCGGUUCUUCCGUCUUUAUAACGACACCCCCAACAUGGGGGCAUAUCUUCUGGAUAAGUUUGUCCGCCGUGAGCGUCUAGCUGCUCUCUGUAACAUCUCGAAGGCGUACAAGCCAAGUGUGCCACUCCGCUUUAUUGCGGAGGAGCUGUACUUUGAGUCAGACGUUGAAGCCGCCCAGUUUGUUCUGGAUCUCAACGGCCAAUCCCUUCUCGAAGAGCGCCAGGACACGAUCGUCUUUCUGUCUGGCAAAGCUGGCCAGUUAUUCGAGGGUCCAAAGAAGGAAGCCUUCUCCAGAGUUGACAUCAAGGGGCAGAUUUGA